CUGCUACAAUCAGUUCGUUUUCGGUGCUCGCGUUUAAAACGCUCAAUCGUCACUCCCAUCGAUGCGUUAGGCAUCACUAGCGUCAAAAUGUUUCCCCAGUUGCUGCUUCUUUUCAUCUGUGGCAAACUCAGCUCAUCAGGCUAUGUAGCCGUCCAGUUACCAUACGCCAAUCCUGCUGGAAUAAACUACGUUAGCGGUCAGACGCACUACCAAGCCGGACUGCAGGCAGGUCCAGUACGAUAUCCGGUGCCCGUCGCAGCUUCAUCGUCAUAUCCAGCACAGGCAGUUCAAGUGGUCAGAAGUCCAUCAUAUUACUCCUACAACCUGGCACCGCAACCUGUAGCGAUCCCGUACCCGUUCAGCGCAUACGGUCACGCAUACGGCCAGUCGUCCUUAACUCCAGUGGUUUAUGGAGCCGCCCAACGUCCCUCUGUAAUAGCAGUUGCACCGCCUCCCGUUCAUCAAUAUCACACUUCCGUCGUCCAGCCAGGCCAUUAUCCAACUGCAGUCGCUCCGCAACCAAUUCAUCCAGUUGUAACCCAAUAUCACACGCCCGCGGUUCAACCAGUUCAUUAUCCAACUGCAACCGCUGUUCCAGUACACGUUCCUGUAGCUGCUGUUACUCCGGUCACACCGAUAGUUCAUGUUGCUCCAGUGACCCCCGUUACUACGACUUUCACGAAAACUGUUACAAGAGAAGAGGGUUCAAUAUCAGCGAGUACGGAAUCCCCUAUUCAUGUAAUUAAAUCUCGCAAAUAUAAAGUGCGAAGACCUGCAAUUCAAAACCAAUUCUACGAUAUAGAAGAGAGAGUUAUAAUCCGGCCGGUUGGAAGUGCGCUGGUAGAGCUAGAACAUCCAGUAUCUCGAACUGAAACCGGUGUUAAAACUAAAACAAUUCAAACAAAACAUGAAAUCGGAGGUGGCAGUUACGGCUAUGAUCACGCCGUGACCACUGAGGCGACUAUAACACAGAAACCCCAAAUUAUACAAACCAAUACCGUUUAUCACCAGACACCGGUGCAGCAUACUCCAGCGCUCGUUCCACAUCCCGUGAUAAUACAUGGCAGUAACACAGGCCACGUAGGCCACCCGGUUGUUGUACCUCCAGUACAAACCCCAGUUUAUGUGAAUCAGGUGCAACCGGUUUAUUUUCCAGUGCAUUCUAUACCAUCCACGGUCACAACCUUUAGACCUCCCCAUCAGGUAACAUACCCGGUACAGGUGGUGACAACCCCAGCAUCUACAACAGUCGAAACACCAACAAGCGAUGGCGGCUUAGAUUAUGACGACUCAGUAGUAAUUGAGGCCCGCAGCGGUGCCCGUACAUUACAUGAAAUAUCUUCAACUGAGAGCUCUCAACAUUACUCCACAACUCCAGCCAAGUACAGAAAAUGUGAAGAUAACGAUGUUGAAGAUUUGCCGAAGCGCGGUGAUAUUGCCAUCACCUAUGCCACCGAAGCUACUCACCAAAGUAUAGCGAGUGAGGAGGAAAACAUAACAGUAUCAUCGACCACUGAGAAACCACAGGUUGCAGACCAAGCUGCUCCAGAAAAUUUGGAUACCAAUGCACGUUUCUCCGCACAAGAGAACAAUCAAUCACAAGCGAUCAUUGUCGAAAGCCAACCUCGAUCGCUGUCUCGUUCCAGCAAUGCCGAUUUCAGUGAAACCAGUGCGUCUUCGUCACGAGUUGUCAUCUCAAACUCAGGCGUCUCAGCAGACCAAGCGCGUUCAAAUCAGGAACAAUUUAUAAAACUCCUAUCGGAGCGCGAUUCCAUUUCUGAGGUUGGAUAUGGACCGAAUACCGACACUUCCAGCAAUCUCAUCAACACCUACGUAAGAAGUCGAGUUCUAUCGGCAACGCCAGCACCGUACAAUUCAAAGGAAAGCAGCAGAACUGUCAAUAUUCGAAGAAUCAUUGUUUCCCGACCGAUCGAAACUGAACAGGAGGUCGAAGUGCGAGAGCAUAGCUUAUCCUCGCAUGCCGACGGUCAUCAGAUAGCAUCCAGCUCAGAGCAGGUUCCUUUGUAUACAACAGCAAAACCCCCGGCAUUUGCAAACGAUGAUGUAAAUUAAUGCAUUUUGAAACGCUUACUAAUCAAAA